GUGUAGCAACACAGCAAAUUCCUUAACCUCUCUUUUUUUCUAUCGACCACGAUGUCUCAAGAGACGAUUCACGAGCAGGACAAGGCUGCUUCCACCAAUCGUCCUCAUUCCAUCGACCUUUCGCUCGAACUAGAACGACAACUGGAGGAUGAAUCUCUACCCAAUUCUCCUGCCAAUGCACGCCCGCAGUCUCUCGAUCCCCAUGUCCUUGCUUCUAUCGUCACUACCUUGCGCAUGAAUCUUGCUGAUGUAUCGAAGGAGCGUGACGAACUAGCAGCGACGUUGCGGAAAUCCCGGCAGAGAGAACAUGAACUAGGCGAGGAGCUGAGCCGCGUGAGGAGCAUGCAAGAACGAGCGGAGAAAGAGCUGGAAAUCCAGAAGCAGAAGAACAAGGAAGACGAAGAGUCCAUUGCGAUGCUGCGGAGUAAAGUCGAGGAGAGCAGACGAGGGCUUAUGCGAUUACAAACGGAGAGCAGGAGGAUGAGCGCAAACAUGUCGCUGGACCUGUCGCGCGCAGGACUACCGUCAUUUGGAGGGCCUGCUUCGAGCAAGCGAGCUUCGUUCACACCUCUCACGGGAUCCGGAGCGGCACGCAUGCACAGACGUAUCUCAUCAGUCUCUGAUUCGAAUGUUGGAUGGGCAGACGCAGGACAGGCAGACCUUCUAUCCACGUCUCCCAACUCCCAGAUCAUUUCUCUCCCUGACGUACCCAAUUCACCAUCUCACCCACCAGUCUCUACCAAACGUUUUUCUGGGUUAUUUGGCCGUUCCUCUCCUCCGGAGCCCCUUGAUCUUGGUCGGUCGGGUCCUUCUAAUACUGAGAUACAAGCCUUGCGUAAGGAGGUGAAGACUUUGACAGCGGCGUUGGAUGAAGCACGGCACGAAAUCACCGAGUCGAACGAGGCCCGCGAGGCUUCGGAAAUGUGUGUCAAGGCCUUACGGGAGUUUAUUGCUGAUAACAACGUCGGGUCGAAUUCGGCAGUGGAUGUUAGCCAACCAUCCCCGAUGGUACGUGGUGAUAGUUCGGAUCGCAAGAGCAGUGGUAGUGGCAAUGGCAGUGGGAACGCAUCGCUCUGGGGUUUCAAAUUGUGGAAGGUCGAGGCAGGCGGGAAUUUGGCGACGGGAGCAGGCAAUGCAGACACUCUGACGUCGCCAACGUUGAGCCAAGCUGAACCCAUCACGAAAAAGUUGGGAGGAUUCUUUGGUAGUCGAGGGAGCGUCUCUUCGACCACGGCUGUACCGCCACAGCAUCAGGUGUCGUCUGGAGCCCGAGAGCCUAUGUACAACGGUUCAGAUUCAUCGUCAACCACCGCAGAGUCGACGGCACCAGUAAGCCCAGUAGAGCAGCCAUGCUUGAACGUCUUGGUACACGAGAAGGGAGGGUCUCCUUCGGCCAUAUUGGACCAUCAACAGUUGCAGUUUCACGAGAUUGAGCAGAUUGGAUAGCUGAUAUGACGUGGAGACUUCUAGCAGAUAUGAACAAGUUGUGUUAAUGACCUUUACGACGAUCGGUUCCUUUACUUAGCAUGUCGCACCUGUAAUCUGUAAUCCUGUACAUAUACCCCAGCAUUUCUAGGUACCCGAGCGCUUGUUUGUGUACCUAUU